UUUAAUACUUUUUACAACCACUAGACGUUGCUCUACUGGUAAAAGACACGUAAAAAUUACAAAUAUUUUGUUCUUUACACCCAGAAGAAUGCCCCUAGGAAAUGACGUUUCAAUAAAAACUGAAACCACCCCUCAAACGUUUAGCUGCUCAAACGACAUCGAGGCAUUCACGUGUAAAAAGUGCCCCAAUUUCCACACUUUCACUGUCGUGAAUUUCCGUCAGCACACAACAACUGAUGAACCGAUUCAGACAUGUCAAAAAUGCCAAUUUGAAACAUUUUCAAAGUACCUUUUCCUCAUUCACCCGUGUUUUAAUCAGCAUGUCUUCCAGUGUGACCAAUGCCCUUCCAGUUUUAAGUACAAACUUGACUUAAAGCGUCAUUUUAAGUCAAGUCAUGGUGCCUACUACCAGUGUGACCAGUGCACCUUCAAAGUGACGUGCAAAUAUCGCCUUAAAAAGCACACUUUAGUGAAACACUUAGCGGAUGACGAGAUUGAGUGGCUCCACUGUGAUUUUUGCGCUUCCAAAUUCAAAACGAAAGUCUACUUGAUGAAACACAUGAAGUGCAGACACCCCAAACCUGAAGAAAUCCAGUGGUUCCCCUGUCAGUCGUGUGCGGAUCAAUUUAGAAGCAAAGUCGUGUUACAGAAGCACAUAAUAGCCAAACACUUACCACACAACGAAAUCCAGUGGUACCAAUGCACCCAGUGUUCGUUCAAAUUCAAACUUAAGCACCUUUUGAGGAACCACGUCAUCGCCAUCCAUUCCCCGGACUCGCAAAUCCGGUGGUUCACCUGUCAACAAUGUCUCGCCAAAUUUAAAUUAAAACGGUACUUAACGGAGCACAUUUCCAAAAAACAUGUACCCCAAAGUACCCCCCGACAAUUUUUUUGUGACCAGUGUCCAUCCAGAUUUAGUCAUAAACGAAGUUUGAAAGACCACAUCGAACGAAAACAUCUACCGGAAACCGAAAUUGAGUGGUUCCAAUGUGAACAGUGUCCCUCUCGGUACACACGCAAGCUCCAGCUACAACGUCACGUGAUUUCGAAGCAUUUGCCUGAAGACCAGAUUCAGUGGUUUCAAUGUGGCGAGUGCCCGUUUAAAUUCAAACAUAAGCGGAAUUUAAAAGAACACGUGUUGGCUAGACACUCACCCACCGACGAAGUUCAGUGGUUGCAAUGUGAACGCUGCAGUUCAAGAUUCAAGAACGCGUUACAGCUGCAGAGACACGUGUGCGAGAAGGAAAUUCAGUGGUUUAAAUGUGAAUAUUGUGAGGAUAGGUUUAAGCGCAAAGCGCAUCUUCAGAGGCACGUUUCGAAUAAGCAUUUGCCUGAUGACCAGGUUCAGUGGUUUACUUGUGGGUAUUGUGGGGCUAGGUUUAAGGAGCAGAGGACUUUGACUAAACACGUGACGGUGAAGCAUUUGGCGGAGGAUGAGAUUCAGUGGUUUCAGUGUGAGCAUUGUCCGUCGAGGUUUAAACAGAGGGAUUAUUUGCAGACGCACGUCGUGGCGAAGCAUUUGCCCGAGAGCGAGAUUAAGUGGUUUAAGUGUGAGAAGUGCGCGGCGAGGUUUAAGAGGAAUUUUCAUUUGCGGAGGCACGUUUUGACGCAGCAUUUGUUGAAAAGUCAAAGCGAUAAAUGAAUUUGGAUUUUUUGUAACAAUUAGAGUUGUAAUUUUGCAACGAAAAAAUAUUUACAACAAAUUGUGUGUAUUUAAAAUAAUAAUAAAAUCGUACAAACUAUGU